CAUCCUGGGAAAAAAAAACUUUAAAAUCGUCUAAAAGAGUCCUAAAAAACGAUUGACAGGGCGGAACACACAGUAGAUACCGUUAUAAUACACACUCUCUACUCUCUAAACGGACUCUGUUUUUCUUGUUUAUGGGUUAUUUUUAUCAGCUAGCAUGUCUGGUGGGCGUAAACGAAUGCGGAAGUAAGCUGGAGCGUCUUCAGGCUUCAAAGUCUGUCCACUUCUCUCUUGCCUGUGGCUGCCAGCAUGGUCGUACUGAAAGGAAUCCCCUCUGUUUUAUCACCAGAGCUACUGUAUGCUCUCGCUAAAAUGGGCCAUGGGGAUGAACUGGUUCUUGCUGAUGCAAAUUUCCCAGCAUCUUCCAUUUGUGCUUGUGGUCCGAAAGAAAUAAGAGCUGAUGGUUUGGGAAUCCCACAGCUUUUGGAGGCCAUUUUGAAGCUGUUGCCCCUGGAUACCUAUGUCCCCUCACCAGUUGCAGUCAUGGAUCUGGUAGACAGUGACAAACUGCGAUGUUUAGCUGUUCCUGUGUGGGACACCUACACACAGCUCCUGGAUCAGGCUGGGUCUACGAGUCCUCUGGAGAAGGUGGAAAGGUUUGCUUUCUAUGACAGAGCCAAGAAAGCCUACGCUGUUGUUGCAACAGGGGAGACAGCUCUGUAUGGUAACCUGAUACUGAAGAAGGGGGUCAUUCCUGCUGAGCUGCUUCAGUGAUACACAUACAUACACACACACACAUUUUCAAGUAAUGAUGAGUGAAUGGUCUGAUGUUGAUUUUGGUCACAACUGUCAUUCUUGCUACUGAAAAUCAGGAGGUGAAUGUUCACCAUUUAUUCUUGUUCAUGUGAAAUUAAUACUGUAAAUAUGAUUCAUCUCAGGUUUACAUGAAGCAGAAAUUAAUGCUUUUUGUAAAUAACUUCUGCUUUGUACAUACAUGACAAUAAAUAAAACACAUGUAGUCUCUGA